AUGUGCAAAACGGCUACAAAGGUGGGUACUUACGCUGAUUUGUUUCACUUUCUCAAGGACUUUGCAGAAAAAAACUGUUCUAUUAGGAUGCCUAUGGAAUGUCAGGCAGCUAAAGUAGUUUUAAAAUGAAGACAGGGGUCAAGUCCUGUCUUCAAGGUUGGAGGGAUACGUUUAAAUUCAUUUCUUUUACUGGGAAUUGACCUCAGUUUAGCUUAGAAAUAUGCACCCUUACAUAUUACUUAGUAAUAAAAAUAAAAUGCAAGACAAACCAGUAGGUACUAGUGCUAGAAGUAGCUGCUGAGCUAUCACUACCACUCUGCAGUAUAGUAGCAAACAUUUAGUCGUCCAUUUAGCACUUUAAUAACUCAUGAGCAAAUCCCUUUUUAAAUCCAUAGGGCCUUUGCAAGAACUGAGCCAGCAGAGAGGUGCAAGUAACAAGCUGGGCUGCUAGGCUUACAUAAUGCCAUUCAACAAUUAAGCGGCCUUAAAUAAUUUAAAUAAAUGAGGCAUUUCCAGCAAAGAGACGUCCAGGGUAGAUGGAGAAUAUUUAAGGCUUGGAUCGCUGAAAUGUGUUCAUCUAUGGUGGCUGAAUCAGUUCUGUAGAUUUCUUAGCACUCAUAAUGACAAUUUUGCAUGCAUUUUAAAGCCACAAUUUCUUAAAUUAUUUGUGAGUUUAGAACAAUUAGGGUUAAGAAAAUGACAGUACAGUAUUGGAACUCAUUAUCUUGGAUAGUGAAUCGAAUUGCCCACUGUCUCUUUGGUUCUGAUUUUAUAGCAAUCUGCAUACUAAUUAAUCCUCCUGUUGGAACAAAUAAGCUGUUAUUGCUGUGUUAAUAUGUUUAUGCUUUAAAACCUAGGAGAAAUACAAGUAGCCCCACUGUUAUUAUUCCAUAUUUUUCACAAUAUAGAAUCGGACAGAAAACUGGACUUCUUUUAAUCUGGGGUCUGUUUUAUUGUACUCUAAAGGUAAAGGACCCCUGGAUGUUUAAGUCCAGUCAAAGGCGACUAUGGGGUUGUGGCAUUCAUCUUGCUUUUCAGGCCAAGGGAGCCGGUGUUUGUCUAUAGACAGCUUUCCAGGUCCUGUGGCCAGCAUGACUAAACCACUACUGGCACAACAGGAUACUGUGACGGAAACAAGAGCGCACGGAAACACCGUUUACCUUCCUGCUGCAGCAGUAUCUAUUUGUCUAUUUGCACUGGCAUGCUUUUGAACUGCUAGGUUGGCAGGAGCUGGGAAUGAGCAACGGGAGCUCACCCCAUCGCUGGUAUUCAAACCGCCAACCUUCUGAUGGGCAAGCCCAAGAGGCUCAGUGGUUUAGACCACAGCGCCACCUGCAUCCCUUAUUGUACUGUAACCCCACUAAGACAAUAAUAGCAUCUAGCUCUUGAGGGUACUGAGUAAACGUUUUGAAGAUGAAGGGCAAUAGCCAGGGCUGGCCCAAGAAGUUUUGACACCUGAGGUGGACCCCAGAAUGGUGCCUCCCUCCCUGCCGGAGAAGAAGGGGUGAGGGAAGGUCCAAAAGGUGAGGAAGUAGGAUUGACAGUGUGAUCUGCUGCCCCUGUGAAUCCUGCCACAUGAGCCAGUUGCUUCACCUUGUUUCAUGGGUGGGCCAGCUAUAGUAAUAGCUGCUGAAAGCUUAGAAAUCAAUAGACUUCUAAAGUGGGCUGAAUCUUUAUCUCUCCCCACCCACCCUGGUGGGCCAUGUUGGACAGGUUUGCCCACAUGUCAAUCAUCCAAUGUCACAGUGAUGUCAAGUGACCUGUUUUUGCACAGCACUGUGUACAGAGCCCUGACGAUCAGCUGAUUUCUGACACUUGAACAUAGUGCUUCACAAAGCACUUUGCAGGUGUCACCAAUCAGGUGAUUGGCAGUGGUUGGAAAACCCCUUUUGGCUCAGUCACAUUUUUACCUGUCCCCACCACCACCACCUGAUGUCCUAUAUGAGGCCUAGAACAGCAUGUAGAGAACCUUCUUGGCUCUGCAGGUCAGAUCCUUAUCAGGAUCAGACUUGUGGGCCUCAUUUGACAGGUGAGCAAAGCCACCCACCUAUGAAAUCACACAAGGCUCCUUCCCCCACCCCAGGCAAGAGCAGUUCUUUUGCAGAGCGCUCACACACUAUGAGCCUCAGAAAAUCAGAGGCGCAAACAGGAAUGUGGGCUGUUUAAACUGAGCAGGAGUUAACCCCCGCUCAUCAGUUCUUGAGUAGGCUUUAAAUCCAGCUGCUUUGGCUGUGAAAAUCUCUUUCCUGCUGGGAGCAGGUGUGCACAGUCAGUGCAGGAUUUAGCUCUGUCCUCUUGCCCACCAGCUGAUGUCACCAAUGACAUCAGUUGAUGCGUGGGAAUGGUUUGGGGGAAAUGGCCUUGUGGCUUGGAGGUUACCCACCACCGUUAGAGAGAAGCAACCACCUCAGUAAUCAGGGGCGGUUGCCUGGCUGUUGCUCCUGAGGUCUUCUCCACCCUCCCAGGCCCUUUGUCUCUGUUGUGAGCUAUGUAUGCCACAUAGCCUACCCUGGGACCUUAACUAGCCUCCCUCAGGUGCAGUAGAAGAUUGGUAAAAGAAGAGCUUUUCGAUCUCAAACUUCCCCAUUUCUCUCUGUGUCUUUUUACAUUGUGUGCCUCAGUUUGGAAGUUGAUUUUUCAGCUGCUGCACUUCACUUUUGGUUAUGGAAAUAUAUGCGCUUUGACCCAGCCACCACUAGAGGCUGUAUUUGCACAGUUCAUGAAACUUUUCAAUGCAAACCUGUGUGUUUGCUUACUCAGAUGUAAGCCCCAUUGAGUCCAGCAGGGUCUACUCCUGAGUAAGUAGGUAUAGGAUUACAGUCUUAUAUAGGUAGCCGUAGUCCAUACUUGACCAUUAUGGUUUGUUUCAUGUUGGGCUUAGGAAAUCUGUCUGUGUAAUUUCCUUUGCUGUUUUCCUCUGCUAUUCUUUCUACUUUCUGGUAGAAACAGUGACAGGGUACCAGACCAGAUGCAUUUUCCACCUGAUGUGCAAGUUUUGGAGUGCAAUUGCAUUUUGAAGUUUGGUGCUUUCUUUUGAAAUAGAUAUUUUAAGUUUGGUGCUUUUUAUAGCUGAAAGGCAAGACUUGCUGUUCAGCUGUGCAUUGGGUAUUAUUUGCAUUGUAUAUGAAUUAAUGAGUUCUUUUUUGAAUACUCAGGACAGAGGAAAGCUUCAGCUUCCUUAAAAAAAACACAACAACCUACAAUUAUCUUUGCAGAGGAGUGGGGUGGAGGAAACCUAUGGAGAAAAUGGAAGGUGAAACUUGUGUGGGGUUACUAAGAAUUCAGCGCUCUUGUAUUCAUUGGAAAUAGCAUUGUGUGCAUGUGUUAAUCAUGUGUGAUUGGAUUUAGCCCACUGUGCUCACUAUUCCCACUUCUGGAGUGUGGCCCCUGACAGCUUUCCACUGCAGUAGUGUGGCCCUCUGCCCAGAAAAGGUUCCCCACCCAUGAGUUAUGCUUCUGUUCCAUAGCAAGGCACUUCUGGAAACAUGGGAGAGAUACAGCAGGUACAGCCUACUCUGAACCUGUGCUUCCCCUUCAGGCAUUCCUUUCCAUGCUAGAGUGUUUUAGCCAUCUAGCUAUUAAUGUUUUUUCCAACCAUGUAUGCAAAGCAGCUAGUGAUAUUAUAAUUUAUUGACUACAUUUGUAUCAUACAUUUUCUUCAGUGAGCUCCAGGUCAUUUACAUAGCUCUCCCUGCUAUUUUACCGGCAGAACAAUCCUGUGUGGUAGGUUAGGCAGAGAUAGUUGCUGGCCCAACCUCACCCAUUGAGCUUCAUGGCUGAGUGGGGAUUUGACCUGUGUCUCCUCAAUUGCAGUUAAACACUCUUAACCGCUGUAACACAAACACAUAUUUUUGCUGGCAUUUGCUACCACCAGAUGUGGCGUGGUUAUCUGAAUUGAGUAUCACCUGCCUCUUUAGGCAUCUGGGAUCUUCCUCUUCCAUAGCCACUGGAUACUUCCUGAUAUGUGCAGAUCACAAUUUUUGAGUAUUUAUACCUUCCAUUUAGAUUUGGGUCAAAGUGAGAAGAGACAGCCUGGUCUUUCUGCCCAUUCAGGGGAAUUAAGCAUUUGCUUACCAAGGAAAUAUACAGAUGGAGGAACUUUACCCUUGAUCUCUCUAUCAAUAUUUAUUAGCCCAGGUACAUGUUGCCACAGCUAUUAAUUAUAGUAAGUAGAUUGCUUCCCAUGAAGGCAAAAUUAAGAUAUGAAAGCCAGAUAUUGUACUUAGGUUUUAGUUUGUUUGCAUUUUGCUUUUUCUUAGUUAACUAUUCCCAAAGGGGCUCACAAUAAAUAUUUACUUAUUAUCAAGAUACAUAACAUUUGGAAAAAUGUAUUGUAGGACAUAAAAAAUUGAAAUAAGACAAUCAGCAAUGCAAUAAGCACAAGAUUAAUUCAUUACUACAAUGAAAUAAUCUAGACUUAAUAUAUAACAAGAGCUGAACCAAAAUUAAGUGACCAAAAAGUAAAUAUAUACAAAUAAAGUUAAUGCACAUUGCUAGUGUUGCUGCAGAGAGCAGCCUGACCAACAGGUCAGAGAGGGCACUGCCUUCUCACAAAGCUAAAUGGUUCACAGCUGACUCCUGCAGAGAAGACUUGCAGCUGCAAAAUGGAUGUGCAGGAGAAGACAGUGAGGUCACAUCUUUUUCUCCAGCCUCCCAGAAGUUCUGGCUCCUAGUGCUAUUCUUGCUGCAUUUCUGGUGCUCAUUUGUGCCCAAUCAUUAGUGCAUGUAAAGUUAAGAGCCCCACAAAAGUAGUACAUGCAGCCCAAUUCUAUUUAUGCUUAAUUAGUGAGUUUAAUGAAACUUAGUGUUGUUAAGAUUGCAUUUACAGCACAUUUAAUAUGUAAGUGAAUUGUAUAUGUGGAGGCUUACAAAAGAAAGAACAACCCUGUCAGCAAAGUUGGGAAAGAAGACAACAUUGACAACAUGGGAAAGUCCAUUGUUAAGUUAACACAAGCUUUGCUCCCAGUUCAGUAAGCAGUUAAAAAAGUAGAUGUCGAGAUACAAAGAUGCUGUGAGCCUUUGGAACCAAAAACAGUUCAAGGUUAUGUUGCUGUAGGCAGAAAUGCAUAUAAGUCAUCAGUUCCUGUCUCUGUCUUUGUUCUCUAGUUGCUCAGAAAUCAUGAAGGAGACUCAGGUAUUCAAAGUAUGAAUAAACCAUGCAAACCCCAACAAUAAUUGUUGCAGUUGUAGUUGUAGGCCAAGCUAAGCAACCAACUCACCAAGCUUCAGUUCCUGGUUGUUCUUGGACCAUCUAAUGUUACAAGAGAAUGAGAGAGAGCGAGAGCGAGAGAGAAGUGGGUAGCAUGGAUAUUUCUUUCAGUGGUUCAGCUUCAGAAGCUGAAAGACAAUGCAGCCUUCUAAGCUUUUCUUUUUCUUUUUUCCCUAUAAGAAAAGAUUACAGAAUAAAAAAAUGCACAUGAUUGAGUUUAGGUACACAUCAGAUCUGUUAAGCAAUGUGGAUGCCUUUAAGACAAGUGGGCAUUCGCAAUGCCUUUUGCCCAUGAAGAAUGAUUUAACUGCCAGAGAGUGUGUUGCCUAUUUAAUAAGGAUGCCAGUAGAUUUCUUAUCUACAUUUCUUGGAUCUGUACAUACCUGGAAGCUAAAAUAUAUAACCUUAUUGGAUUCUAAAUUAAACAUGCUGGAUCCUUAUCUUGACGCUAGUAAGAGUGUAUAUUGAGAGAUAAAGGGGGUGGGGAGUGAGAAUAGUACCUUGGUUAGUUUAUGAUUCCUCAGAGUAGAAUGUGUGGCUUGCUUUUUGUGGGGAGAUGGCAAGAAUACCUGACCAAGAAGCUUAUGGUAACAUGACAGCUGCCUGGCCUUCCUAUAGUACAGGGGUGAGGAGACUGCCCUUCUAGAUGUUGCACUCCAGCUUCCAGGAGUGGCCGUCAAGGAGGGGCAGCAACACACACCUGGUCACUAGCGUGGCUGCAGCUUAGCAGGAGGGAUAUGGUGGGGAGUUGUGACAGAGCCAGGAGGGCAUGGUGGGAGACAAAUUUCCCAUCCCUACUGUAGCCUUACGAGCCUGAUUGUCAUAUUUUAGCUUUAUACUAAGCACCAUCAGAAAUGACAGACUUUAGAGUCAGGAAUCUAGAAUAAGUUCUGUCCUGCUGGAUGGAAUCUACCAUGUGAUAUGCCAGUGGUGACUUUUUCCGAUGCAUGGAACUGGGGAUUCAGCACCCACAAAAGGAAGUGUAACAAAGAGGAAUGCUUGGUUGGAUCAGUUUGCUCAAAGUGGUUAUUAAGGGACUUUCUAUCCAGAAUUAUGAAUGUUUUCAUUGCUCAGUGAAUGGUCGGAGGAGAGAACUGAACCUGAGCUGCAGGAAAGGGCAACCAAAGCGCUCAAGGGCGUGGAACCAACUCCCCUGUAAGGAAAGGCUGCAAAGUUUGGGGAUUUGUGUGGGGACAUGAUCAGCGGGGAACGUAUCAAGAGAGGACAUGAUAGAAGUGCCAAAUUAUGCACAGUGUGAAAAAAUAGGCCAUCUCUCAUAAUACUAGAACCCGAGAUAAUCCAGUGAAGCCGAAUAUUGGGAGAUUCAGUAAAGACAAAGGGAAACGCUUCUUCAUGCAGCACGAUACUGUGGAAUUAGCUUCCACCAGGUGUGGUGUUGGCCACCAACUUUGAAUGGCUUCAAAAGGAGAUUAGACAAAUUCAGGGGAGAUAAGGCUAUCCGUGGCUAAUAGUCAUAAUGGCUGUGUUACUUCCAGUGGAUGAGACUUCUGAAUUCCAGAUGUGGGGAGCACAAAGAGGUCAUUGCUGUCACACUCGUGUCCUGCUUGCAGGCUUUCCACAGGCAUCUAGUUGACCACUGUAGGAAACAGAAUGCUGGAUAAAGAUAGGUGUUUCCUCUAAUCCGGGAGGGCUCUUACAUUCUCAUCUGGCUCCUGGUCAGUAGCUUGCAGAGUUGCAGAUAGCCUGUCACGGAAAACCUGUAGUAUCAGUUUUAGCUUCAGUAGUACAGUGCUUCAAACUUCGCAUUAGGGAACAUUUGAAAUCUCUCUGUCAUAGGACUGAAUGUUCUUUUUCCUUCCCACUCCACCCAUUAGGGAAGGUACUGCCUGUCCAGUUGUUUGUGCUUUGGAAGAGGGUGGUAUAUUUGAGCAUGAUGAUGAGUUACUGUAAGCAACUGGAUUCUUGGCCAAGUGCACAGUGUAAUUCACGUCCUCUGUUCCAGGAUGCCAGUGCAAUAUGUUCUGGGUGAGUGGGAUUUCCAGGAUCUGACACUCAAGAUGAAACCUCCGGUCUUCAUUCCUCGACCAGAGACAGAGGCAAGUCAUCAUAAGGGACAAACCUCAGCUCUUCUCCAGAGUGCUGCAUUGCUACACACAUACGCCCACCUCCACUUACAGGAAGCACAAUACAGUGGUGCCCCGCAAGGCGAAUGCCUCGCAAGACGAAAAACUCGCUAGACGAAAGAGUUUUCCGUUUUUUGAGUCGUUCCGCAAGACGAAUUUCCCUAUGGGCUUGCUUCGCAAGACGAAACGUCUUGCGAGUUCUUGCGAGUUUGUUUCCUUUUUCUUAAAGCCGCUAAGCCGUUAAUAGCCGCUAAGCUGCUAAGCCGUUAAUAGCCGCUAAGCAGCUAAUAGCCGUGCUUCGCAAGACAAAAAAACCGCAAGACGAAGAGACUCGCGGAACGGAUUAAUUUCGUCUUGUGAGGCACCACUGUAUUAGGCAGCCAUAAGGACAUUCCUUCCCCUGCCUCCUUUCUCAUGGGUAGUCUUUGCUGCCUGGGGAGAGUGGGAGAGGUGAGCACUAUCAUAAGCACAUAUGAUGAGGUACAUAUUUUUACCUUGGUCGGCUGCAGCAAAUCUCAGAUAGAAAAUCUUUAGAAUAUAUGUAGUUGAUUUACACACACACACAAUGGCAAAGUAUGUAUGCAGUGACCCAGCUCACGUGUAAUGUUAAGCCAGACCAUGAAUGUCCAGGCUGCUGGAGACAAGAUCAUGACCACUUUGCUUCUCCAGUCUUGCUUUGGCUGCUGUGAGCUAAGACAUGGUUUGGCUUAAAGUAUUGUCCAAACCCUGGUUCAUAGUUUGUCUUGCUCCAGACAAACCAUGAGCUGUAAACCAAGAACAGACCUUGGCUGCAGCUUAUGUGUUAAUGAGUGAAACAAGCAGCUCCUCCCCUCCCACUGGUCUUCCACUCAAGAUUGCAGCCACUCCUGUUACUUUGGGUUGCGCUUAUUUUAUAAAAAAAAAAAAAGAAUUAGAAGGGGGUGGGAGGUUGGAAAUGCAUGUGACUGAGCAUCACAUGUGAUUUUGGCCUGGGUUUCAUGCUCCUUUUCCAAACUGACAUUCCUCUGCUCCAAGAGCGGAAUAGAAAGUAGGGCAGGACAAUUUCAGCAGUAACUUGGCACAGCCUAAGAAUUGCAAAGUUAGAGUCCCUUCCCUGCUAACCUCCAACCCUUCAGGACUCCGGUAUCCAGUGAUCUUUACAUAUGUGGUAGUCUUUACAUAUGUAAAGAUGGUGCUCUUCUAAUAGUCGUCAAUUGUGAAAUUCUGCUUUUUGUUUCAAAAAUGUAUAUAUCUCUUUUGAGGUAUAAGCUACCUCUGAAACAAUAUAAAAACAAAACAACAUUAUUGGGUAGAGCUUAAACAGAGAGGUUAGACUAAAGAACAAAAACUUGGGUGCAUGAAAGAGGCACCAUAUGCCUCUAAAGUCCAAAUUAUUUCUCAGUUUUGCCUAACCAUGAGGCAAAUUAUAUUCCAGAAGCAAAGGUCCCAGGGAUCACAAAAUGUGGUUUGAGCUAUUCAAGAAGGUAGGAGUAUCAUCUCAUAAUUUUCUGGCUCCUCUUUAGUUAUUUUCUGUAUUCUCCUCUGCUCUAUCCAAGUGGUUUCUAAUGUGCUUUUUUCUCUUCUGAUUGUUCCUUUUGCAUUUUGCUGUUCCUUAAAAUCACAAGACCUAGAAACCUGAAGUUCAACCUAUGGAAAGUUCACUGAAGUUUCCAAGGUUCUGUGUCCUCAGGACUGGAAGUUGAAGUUUAUUAAUUAGACAAAAUGAAUGCCCAUGUCCUAUACAAAAGCAGGAACCUUGGAAUCCUUUGCAUAGAUAUCUACUAUUCUAACAAAGACAUCCCAGCUUCAAAGUAUCUGUUAAUAUUUUGGGUGCCAAAUCGUUCUGUGCCAAAUGGAACUUACAAGAUAGUGGAUGGCCCAACACAAGUCUAUCUGGUGAUAUCGCUGUUUUCCAUGCUGUGUUGUCACUAUCUUCACGCAGUAUCGCUCCCCGCAAUCAUUAAACAAAUGCCUGCUGUGUGUGAUGCAAGUGUUGAUAGUAAACACAAGAGUGUGUUGCUUAUUCUGCCCAUAUGCUUGCAUGAUCGAUGUUUGCUCAUGCCAGCCUAGUUUGCAAUUUAAUGCUGUGUUUGAUGUGAACCAUUGACUAAGUGCUAACCUCUGUACUUUAAAAAAAAGCAAAAACAACAAAGUAUUUGUAAUGUGACCUCCUUUUCAAGCCCCAAAGCCCUUGAACUUCUUCCCUGAUCCUUCUCUUUGCUAAAGCACGUAAACGCUGGUUUGGCCUAAUCUGAACCUGUGGAGUUUGUCAGUGUUUCUCAACUGGCUGCACAGUUUGUAAGGGGGUAUAUCUGAUCUGCUUGCCAGUAAUUCACAUUAAGCCCCUUGGGACUUAGGAACAGCAGUUUGAAGGCAUCAUUUUAGAACCAGAUUGUGUAGAAUGGCUGAAGGUCUUCUUUUCCACCUAGCAGUAUGGGACUGAUGCCAGUUGACCUUCCAGGAAUAUUUCACAGAUUAACGAGAACACCUGGAAUUUGCCAAAAGUUGGGGCUGCCAAUUUUAGAGAGACUUGGGGAGGGGGUGUAACUUGCUAACAAAAAACAGCAGCUGCGUAAAUGAUCAUGGUGGAGGAGAGAAUAAAUAAAUAGGGAAGUGUUUCCUCCAAAAUAACUACAUGCGAGAUUCAAAAUUUAAAAAGAGCAGUGUCACCAUCACAGAGCUGCUUCUACACUUCUACACGAUUGGUUGUUGCAUCACCUCUUUAUUUUCCGUGUUGUCCUCUCAUCACCCAGGGAAGAGAUCACGGCAUGCUUAGUUGCUGACCAAACCAUCAGUUUUUGAACUCUUGGACUUUGCUAUAUUUGCAGGUUGCCAAGCACCAAAGCAAUAACACAGAUCUAAAUUUGGAAGGCAGAGCAAAUCCACUUCCAUCUGCUUUUGGAUCAUUUUCUAUUCUGCUGCUUCUAGACAUAGUGCAAGCUAUCAACAGGGAAGUCUUCAAUUGAAAUCUUGCCUCAGCUGUAGUUGCAUGUAGCCUCAGCCCUCCAUCCCUCUAGCAAUAUCUAAUUUAGUCUACCUUCCAGGAACGUUGUGAGGCUUUAUCAGAAACACUUUGAACACUUUAAAUUUAAAAAUAAAUGUUGUUGUUGUUUUGUUGUUGUUAGGAAUGCUUGCUCUCAUGCAUUUGCUGGUGCUUUAGAUGCACAGGUCUGGUGGAAAGAAUGUCCACAUCUUUCGCACAAUAACCACAUGGAUUUAAGGUCAAAUUAAGAGAUGGAUACUUGGAUAUGAAUGGAGGGAGAGUGAGUGUUCAAGCAGUGAGAUAAUGCCGUAUGAAUGUGUGACAUCCUGUAAUUGCCAGCAUUUCAUUUAUACAUAUAAACCUGUUGCUCAGGCUGUGUACUUGACCAAUUUCUUUAAGCAAAGAUCGUGGGCUGCAAGGCCAUUAUGUAGCAUUUGAAAACAACAGGAUUUCCCUUGCAGGUACUUACCCCGGAAUUUCAUUUGAACUCUGGAUGAUUAAAAAAUUGCAUUUCAAGGAUCAUAUAGCAUAUUUUUGUUACCCAGGUAGCUGAGUUUUCAUCUGUGAAAUACUUAGAAAACUUUCUUAUUAAUACUUGAGUGAUAAUUGGCCAUUUGCCACGAACUUUCCUACGAUGAUCUUUGUUGAUAAAUUGAUAUAAGGGGAGGAGGCAAACCCAUUUGUUCAGUGCCUGCCACAAUACAGAUCUACCUCUGUAUGUGUGAGUAGGUGCAUGUGUGUAAAUAAUGUUUUACUUGAGCGGGGGAGAGAAUUGGAAUAUUGUAGGCUUCCCAUUAGGGACGCAUGUGGCGCUGUGGGUAAAACCUCAGUGCCUAGGACUUGCUGAUCGUCAGGUCGGCGGUUCGAAUCCCCGCGGCGGGGUGCACUCCCGUUGCUCGGUCCCAGCGCCUGCCAACCUAGCAGUUCGAAAGCACCCUCGGGUGCAAGUAGAUAAAUAGGGACCGCUUACUAGCGGGAAAGUAAACGGCGUUUCCGUGUGCUGCGCUGGCUCGCCAGAUGCAGCUUGUCACGCUGGCCACAUGACCCGGAAGUGUCUUCGGACAGCGCUGGCCCCCGGCCUCUUAAGCGAGAUGGGCGCACAACCCUAGAGUCGGACAUGAGUGGCCCGUACGGGCAGGGGUACCUUUACUUUUACCUUAGGCUUCCCAUAGGUGUCUGGUUGACUGUACAGAAUGUUGGGCCAGAUGGACCUUUGACCUAUACCAGCAGGGCUCUUCUUAUGUUUUGCUUUGGGUAUCUGAAGACGUUUGGAAAUAAGCAUGCAAUUUUAUACAUGGCUACUAGGAAGUCAGUCCUACUGAUUUCAGUGGGACUUGCUUUGUAGUGACUGUGCCCAGGAUUACAGCCUUCAUAUGAUUAGAUUUUAGGUGGAGAAUACACUCCAACAUUUUGUUGCAGGUUUCACUUGCCUAAUCUUAUAUUGUUGAAUCCUUUUCUUUUCACAAAUAUUUUUAACACAUGGUCCAGGCAAAUAAAAAAAAAAAUCAGAAGUAAUUUUCUGUGGGAGAAGACAUGCACCGUAUUUUUCGCUCUAUAGGACGCACCCGACCAUAGGACGCACCUUGUUUUAGAGGGGGAGAACAAGAAAAAAAAAAUCUCCCCCUCUCUGCUCAGCGCCCCUUCAGCAAAGCGGCGGGAGAAACGGAGACAUUUUUUUUCUUGUUCUCCCCCUCUAAAACAAGGUGCGUUCAAGGUGCAUUCACCCAAAGCCUCUAGAGCGCAGGUCUGUGCGCAGCCUUGCCGCUGCCCCCCGAGCUUGUGGGGCUGGGGGGAAGCGCUGCUUUCCCCCACCGCCAGCCUCAAAGAUCCCUGAAGCCUUCGGAGCGCAGCGCGAGUUCCCACUGUGCUCCGCAGGCUUCAGGUUCCUUUUGCUGAAGCCAGGAGAGUCUUGCUCUCCUGGCUUCAGUAAAAGGAACCCGAACCCUUCGGAGCGCAGCGCGGGUUCCCACUGCGCUCCAAAGGCUUCAGGCGGCUAUCCCUGAAGCUUGGAGAGCGAGAGGGGUGGGGGCGCCCCCACCCCACACGCUCUCCAGGCUUCAGCAAAAGCUAUCGCUGAAGCCAAGGAGCCUGCAUUCGCUCCAUAGGACGCACACACAUUUCCCCUUAAUUUUUGGAGGGGGAAAAGUGUGUCCUAUAGAGCGAAAAAUACGGUAUACCAUCAUCAAACCUUUUAUUGACAUCACAUACAAACAUCCAUAGCAAAUCAAUACAGAAUUACCACGUCCCCAGUGACACAAAAUAUUUGUCAAAUGAAAAGAGGCAAAGCAGUCUAACGUUACAUCUCUAGGUCUCCUGGGAGAUCAGACAUCAGCAAUGUGUUUCGACAAGUAAAAAAACAGAUAAAGCUAUUUAGCUACUAACUUGGUGAGCUCCUAAUCAUUCCCCAGUAAUAGUAAAUGUAUGACCUCCAACUCUUGUUUCUAUUGGGGAUGCAGAGUUGAUCUAGGAACUGCUGGCGGAGAUCAGCAUAUAAUUUACAUUUAAGGACCAUGUGUGUAAGAGUUUCCACCUGAUGAUCUUCACAUGGGGAAAUUCUGUCUCCUACCAUUCCAGAGAACCUUCCCCAAAGGAGGUUUGAUGGAUUUGAAUUUAACCUGGCCAGCGAAAAUGCCCUUCUUUCUUGAGGGUUAAGCAAAAAUUCAAGAUAAUUAUGGUUAAUUUCAUGUGCCCAAGAAAGUUGAAAGUAAAGAGGGGAACAUAUUUUUUCUGCUGCUGCUGCUGUUAGUUCCUGACGUUCAGUCUCCCACAACCUUGUUUUUAUUAUAGCCUUGGCAGAUGGUGGGGACAUCGCUCACAAAAGUUCCACUGACAACCCAAAUUGCUGUACCUUUAUGUUAAACCAUUGUAGCCCUGGGGAAGGAAAGGGGUCUAAAAAAACUUCACUGAGGAGAGGAUCUUUAUCUGUUGUGAGGCAGAUGUUUAACCAGCAUAGAAGAAAUCUCGCCCAGGCAAUGGUCUCUACCUUGUGUUGACCUCCCUCUAGACACAAGGCUGCAUAGGGUACACAAUGUGGGACAGCAAAAAAUCUUAAAAAGGAAAGCUGCCUGCACUCAUUCUACCAGCUGGGUAAACCCUUGCAGCCAGACUGGAAUUCCAUAGAGCAGUUGACCUAUAAUUUUGGCGUUGAAGACCUUGAAGGCAGAGGGGAUGUUCGGAUUACCUCUUGUUUUGAAGACACGCAUUAUGGCCUGCAUAGACAUCUUACUGGCAUUCACCGCCGUUGCACGGUGUGAGGACCAUAGAAGCCUAUGAUGGAAUGUAAUUCCCAGAUAGUUAAAUUCGAAUACUUGCUGAAUGGAUUUCCCACCAAAUGCCCAGCUAUAGCUGUUGCAUGAAUUCAUACACAAUUUCAUUCUGGACAGAUAGUCAAUACAGGAGUUUAACAAUCAUUUUAAGCCAAUUCUUGUCCAUGAGAGCAAAAUCAUAUCAUCUGCGUAUAGGAGGAGUUCCCAUUGGCUCAUCAUAUUUUCCCCUAAAUAUCAUGUGCUCUUAUUAACUUUGUAAAGUCAGGGAGACACAGCUUCCACAAUAACAACUUCAAAGAGGAAUAUUGCACCAGGUUCCCGGCCAUGGCAUAAAGUCAAUCUAGGUGCAUGUCGAAAGGUUGGCUAUCGCUUGGAGCCCCAGACGGUUCCUGAUGUAUUUCCUCCGCUACCUCUGGGGCCGCGGUUAUUAGUCCGUGGACCCUGGUGUCAUCACUUCUUGAACUAGCAACUGAUCGUACUCGGGUUGUCAAUUUGGAGGGUAAGUUCACUAGAACUUGGAGCAAUGCCAGAAUUGUACUCCCUUGUAGUUUCUCCUGGAGGGAUUUCCUCUGUUAAAAUGACCUCUGGUGACCAAGCCAGCAUUUAUGGGUCGGGGCAUGGAUUGAUGUAUUAAAAUGUCAAUUUCCUGUAGAUGGACUUUGGGGCAGUCCUGGAACACUGGGGGGAGAGUGAGUUGAUUAGUGAUAUGUACUGAAUUCAGCAAGUUUGGCAUUGUGAUUCCUUCCUGGGGAAUUUCUAGUUGGGCUUCGGCUGAGUUCGGUCGAGGCUCAGAGCCCAGGACGUCCAGUAUCCCGAGAGAUAUCUCUUGUUUGUUUUUAGAAUAUCCCCCUUGCUUCUGAGUAACUUCUAAUCUAGCUUGCUUGUCAUCCAUAUCUAUAUCCUCUCUAACAGACCUUUUAGUGUUCAUAUUCGUGCAACCCACAUUGACCGGAUCCAGAGGUUUUGCCUUGGUCUUGUUGAAAUCACACAGCAAGACUUGGAUAAAGGUAAAGGUAAAGGUACCCCUGCCCAUACAGGCCAGUCGUGUCCGACUCUAGGGAUGUGCGCCCAUCUCACUUAAGAGGCCGGGGGCCAGCGCUGUCCGGAGACACGUCCGGGUCACGUGGCCAGCGUGACGAAGCUGCUCUGGCGAGCCAGCACCAGCGCAGCACACGGAAACGCCGUUUACCUUCCCGCUAUAAAGCGGUACCUAUUUAUCUACUUGCACUUAAGGGUGCUUUCGAACUGCUAGGUGGGCAGGAGCUGGGACUGAAAGACGGGAGCUCACCCCGCCGCGGGGAUUCGAACUGCCGACCAUGCGAUCGGCAAGCCCUAGGCGCUGAGGUUUUACCCACAGCGCCACCCGGUUUGUUAAAUCCUCUAAUUCUGCUAGAAUAGUGUUAGUUGGUGCUUUAAUUAUUGCUGUUGUUUCCUCAGUAUUUGGAGCCACGAUUUCUUCAGAGGCACUAAUUGAGGCCUCUCUGGAUUAACUGGAGCUGUAGCAGAAUCAGCCAGAGGGGCUGGCUGAUUUCUGGGAAGGUUUAACCUUGAGAGUGAUGUUAUUCUUAGCUCAGGAGUUAGCCGACUAGCAGGCUUUUGACUGCCUGAUAAUAAAGGCACAGCAUCCAAGUCUGCAAACACCCUUCUGAAUGAAAUGUGAAAUCUACUUAAAAAGUCACACAUUUUAGGAAGCAGCAGGGGAAUGGCAUGGCUAUGAAAUUUGUGAAGCAGUCUUAUUACAUUUGAUGGCUCGGCAAUUUUUCUAUUGUUUUUAGGUCCAAAGAACCUAUGUUUAAUCGCAGUAGUUCAGAUAAGGAGGAGCAAACUCUUGGUCUGGUAAUCCAGUGCCCUUUGUUCUCCCAAUUAUUUCGGAUGAUCAAAGCUAUCUGAUCCAACUGCAAACACCUUCUAGUGGGAUGUGGGCCAUUGGUCUUAUUCCGGGGACAGAAUUUAAUCUGAGCUUCUUGGGUGCUCUUCCUUGAAGGAUUGAAGGGCUCCAGCCUGCUUGGUUGAGCAUUCUCAGCAUUCUUCCCCUGGGGCUUGGGGGACCGCACCAGGCUCUCCUCCUUCUGACCCCUCGCCACAUGAUCCCCAAUGCUCUCCAACUUCCAGAAGAUCAACGUCAGAGACCUUCCAGUGAGUAGUCUUUGCUCUCCAAUCAAGCUUAGCAAUUCUUCAGUAAAUAACUCCUCUGUUGCUUCAGGCAGUUUGGGUAGCUUUUGAGAUGUUAUUUGGGCGGUGGUAUGGGCUGCUGCUUGAGCUGCUUGGGUUGCUUUGAUCUUUGAGAGCUUUCCUGUAGGUCUGUUUUCUUUAAACCUUUUGAUCUAGGGCCUUUUGGCUGCUUGGGGGGAUCUUCCCAGACCCUGUCUAACUGCUGAGAAUUUGAACUAUCUAGGGACUGUUUGUCACGCUAUGGAGACUAUCCCCCUCCUCCGUUUGCUCUUCCGACCUUGAUCCUAGUCCUUCAGUAGCCUCUUGUGCUGUUUCAGGAGUUAUCCAGUCUGAGAAGUCAGUCAGACUUAGUUGUUUAGAUUUGGAUCUGGUCAAGCGGCUUGGCACGGUAAGCACUUUCUGCCGCAGCAGCUGCUUUUUCUUGGGCAUCAGGGCAAGGUCAAGACCCCCGGAACAAUCCAAAACAAUCCUCGUUACUUACGAUUUGUUCAGUUUCCAAGCUGGGGGAGAGGGUGUCACUCCUCAGCUGCCUCAAAGGAUUUGUGUAUACGAUUUGAAUCUAUGAGCUAAAUAAACUUUGCUGUUUAUAUUUCUAGGAUUUUCUGCAGCACACGCUAUCCAACUGUCUUCUGUUUACGGGUUUUUGUUAAGCCACCAGAGGGCAGUCAUGUUUUAAGCUGUCAAACAGCUCUUACCUUCACAAAUCUCCUUUCUUGUAACUUGAAUCCAUUGGUCCAGUUCCUACCUUCCGAAGCAGGAGAAAACAACAACUGCUCUUCCUUGCUCUGUAUCUUGUGUGCAAACUGAAGGAAGUUUUCUGUAGGGAUUGCCAGGAUAAGAGGUGACUCUGUGUCCUGCAAUGCCUUCUUCUAUCAGCAAGUGUUGAUGCUGGAGAUGACGUUGGAACCAGAGCACUGUUAUGGCAUACAGUGACUUAGUUCACACAUCACAUGUUUAAACCAUAUUUUUAAACCCACCCUGGUUUAAUCUGAAGAAGCAGCAUGUUAGUUCACACUGCCAAAAACUAUCCAUGGCUGUUGUCCACAACUGUUAUGUGCUACCUCUGCUGUUGCAGGCAAUACGCCUCUGAAUGCCAGUUGCUGAGAAAGGGGAGAGUGCAGUUGCACUCGGGUUGUACAUGUGGACUUCACAUAGGCAGCUGGUGAGAACAUGGUGCUGGAGUAGAUGGGCCAUUAGCCUGGUCCAGAUGGACUCUUCUUAUGUUCUUAAUAUGGGAUAGACUGCCCGACUUUUUCACUUGAAAAAGGCAACCAAAAUGAUCAAUUAAUGGGGGCACUGCCUUCAGGGUCAGACACAGACCACACCUCUCAGUACCAGUGGCUAGAGAUUCACAAGUGUGGGGAAUGCUGUUACACUUGGGUGUGGCUUGCAAGCUCUCACGGAGCAUCUGGCUGCUGUGGGAACAGGAUGCUGAGAGCCUUUGGCCUGAUCCAGUAGGGCUUUUCUUAUAUCUCUACUAGAACCCUGGGAUCAUCUAAUGUAGCUGAAUGUUGGAAAAUUCAGAGCAGAUGAAAUGAAGUGCACAGCACUGUUGCACUUAAAAGGGGCCCAGCAUGCGGUCUCCCACUAAGCAAUACUCAGAGGAAACCCAUUAAAACUCAACAGAUAUGGGUACCUUAAGUCUGUUGAUUUCAGUGGGUCUUCUCUGAGUACGACUUUAGCUGGAUACAACCCAAAUGCCUUCUUCUCACAUGAAAGAAAAUCAUAGGUUUUCCCCCCUGAAUAACUUCUCCAUGAAUUUAAAAGGCUUGAAUCUAUCUACUUCCAGAGAUCAGUAUUCCACCAUUAAUAUCAGGCACCAGCAGUAGCACUGAAUUGGCUCUGUCAGUGGCCGUGGAGGCUUGUCCAUUAGGGCAAACAGGGAACUGAUCUGCCAACCUCAAUUGCCCCCACCUACCUGCUUUCUUACAGCCAGUCCAGGGGGUGGCACUGGCUCUCAGCUUCCUCCUAUUUAGUCCUAGGGUUAGAAUCAUAGAAUCAUAGAGUUGGAAGAGACCACAAGGGCCAUCGAGUCCAACCCCCUGCCAAGCAGUAUAACUCAUCAGAGUAUAACUCAUCAGAGACCCAAACUAGUAUUAGUUGGCAUGGUCGGUCGUAGGCUUUGUCUCUCUGUUCCAUGGGUUCUGGCUUUACCUACCCUUAGCCUCCCUGAUUUCUGCCCUGCCAUUCCCAAUGGGCACCAGCCACCACUGGGCAAUGUGCCCACACUGCCCCAACCUUGCUGCUGCCGCUUGCCAUCCCAGUAAGCAGUGGUGCCAGUUCCAUGGCUCUUCCCCAUCAACCAUUCCUACCUGUGUAUAGCUAUGUCUUGGGAACUGUUAGCGGUUUUCAUUCCUGUAGUCCUGUUUUGGACCUGUCCUUUUUCUGUGUCAGUCCCGUUCUGCACCAUUACGUACUAUGGAACUAAUACAUUUCAUUGCUUUCUGGCCAAACUAUUUUACUUCUGGAGUUUGCAGGGAGGUAACAUCCCUUUCACCACACUAUGCAUGAUUUUAUGCAUCUCUCAUGUUCCUCCUUAACUACCUUUCUGAGCUAAAAAGUCCCACACGUUGUGGCCUUUUCUCAUGGGGGAAUUCUUACAGCAGUGAAGGUCCUUCCUAAUGCAACUAUUCUUUCUUAGUAAAGAUUGCAUGGCUAUUCUGUCACUUCUUGUUUCUUACAAUGGUGUCUUAAGAGUUUAGGAUGUUAGCUUUGCAUCAUAACAUCCUUUACAUCCUAGAGAACCGAGAGACUUCCUUUUUUCAUCUUACCUUUUACCCAGCUAUAAGACAGCUAGGAGAUAUUGAUUUUGUGUGUGACCGCUGCCUCCCCCCCCCCCCCAAUAACUGGACAGGAGGAAUGCCUUGGUAUUUCUGGGAAGCAAAUUGGAAUAUGGAGAAACUGUUUAGUAUUCCUUUAGAGGAAUGAAAUGAAACCAUACUAUAUAGCUCAUAUAUAGCUCAUGCUAUAUUGACCCCCUGAGCAGCAGAGUUAAGGUGCAUGAUGAAAUAAGUUUGCAUUAUCUCAUUGAACUGCACUUUGUCAAUAAUUUAGUCAGGGAAAAUAAUGUUUUCGUGUACAGUGGUACCUCAGGUUUAGUACUUAAUUCUUUCCAGAGGUCCGUUCUUAACCUGAAACUGUUCUUAACCUGAAGCAACACUUUAGCUAAUGGGGGCUCCCACUGCCGCCGCGCCGCCGGAGCACGAUUUCUGUUCUCAUACUGAAGCAAAGUUCUUAACCCGAGGUACUAUUUCUGGGUUAGCAGAGUCUGUAACCUGAAGCGUAUGUAACCUGAGGUACCACUGUAUGUUGUCAUACAGUGCCAACAUACUACUUGCAAAAAUUUCAGAAUGCUUUACUGGGUUGUUUCUAAAUAAUUUCUGGCCCAGUCAAGCCUUUGCAAGUUGUUGGCACGACAUCUGGAGACACAUAGAUUAUAUGUUCAGGUGAGGUGAUCUUCCCUGACAAAACUCCCAGAAUUAACUUUCUGGGGAAAUGUUUUCCAGAUUAGAAACUUGUACUUCCAGGAAUGUAUCUUCUGGUGAAGGCACCCACAAAGUUCAUGGAACUAAGAGAGUCUGCUCCAGCCCUCUUGCCUUCAGCAUUGUUCCUAUAUUCUACUUUGAAUAUUCAUAUGCCAGUGUUCCACUAAAAGCAGGUUACACAGUGGUGCACACACAUACAUGUUUACCACAACUAAAAAUUUAAAACUAAAACUGUAGACAUGUUUGUAUAAGGCAGUAAAAUAUUUUGUGCAUCAGCACAAUAAUCAACAAAAAUCUAGUAAAACAUAAUCAUCACCUGCUAUUGUAAUGGCCUACUAAACCCUUAACAAUACAAUAAUAGACAAACACAGAUCUGUGGCUAAAGAAGGGAAGAAAAGUGGAAACCUUGCACUAGAUGGAAGAGACAGUAAAAUAAGGGGAAAGAGUUAACCGUCUAACCUAAGAGUAGGAAAGACUAAAGAAAUCAAAUUGAAUCAGCCAGGGAAGUAAAUGGAAAUGAGGAGAUGAUGACUGAUUUUAUACACACACACACACACACACACACACACGUCAAAUAGGCCAGGGAUAAGUUUAAAAGAAGAGAAAUUCACACCUUAAAUAGGGCUGUCAUAUUCUAGUUGUUUUGAUUCAGAUGGCCUGCCUUGCACAUCACAAAAAUUGUUUCCUUAUUAUGCGAAUCUAGAUUUCAGUUGGAAAAGUGUUAAGCAACCCCCUUUCUCUUUCACAGUAACUGCCUUUUCCACUUCAGGGUGUCCUUUCCAAGGCUUCUUUAGAGGAAGGAAAUUGAUCACUGGGCUUUUCUUACAUAUUGUUCCACAUACUGAAUAGUUUUAACCAAGGAGGUUUAUCUGAAAGAAGAUAGGGCCCUGCUGGUCACAAGCAAUUUUAAGUCUUAAAGGCUUUGAAGGCCCAAACCAGCACUUUAAAUUUGUUGAUAAAUUUGUUGAUGGACUUAACCUGAGGUACCACUGUAAGAAGAAGAAGAAGAAGAAGUUGUUGUUGUUGUUGUUGUUGUUGUUGUUGUUUUUAUUAUAGCAGCAUCCUGCCCCAUUCCUCUUACAGCAUUUUAUGCUGUUGUUUUUCUUGAUCAUCGUUUAAAGCAAAUGAAAACCAAGCAGUCCUCUUUUUUUGGUUUCUCUCUCUCCCCUGCCCUUCCCUCAAUGUCUCUCCCAAUGAUAGUUCAAUAUAUACCAGAGCAAAGCUGUUGAAAAAGCUGGUGCUGCUGUUUUCAAGGCCGGAAGGGAGGGUGGGAGGGAGGUUUCAUUUUGAAAUGCUUUUGCUCAGCCUCCAGUUCUAGGAAAGAGGUACUAAAAUCCUCAAACUGCUUUUCGUAACCUGUGCCAGUGACUCAGACUGGCAGGGUGUCUAGCAUGUGGGAUGUGCUCAUAGUGAAUGACUAGUAGGUAGUGCUCUUAAGCAGUUACGUGCAUUGUGAUAUUCCCAUAGGUCGAGUCUGUUACCACCACGCUGAUGACUCAUCUAUCCAGUUGCUGCGGGGUAUACAUGAAACUAGGUCAGAUGCCUCUUCAGUGUUUUAGCAUGCCAUGUGGAAAAGGCUGCAGACAACAUGGAAGAAACUGUGACCAAUGUGCUACUGAUUCCUCUAACCUCAUAAUUUUUCUAAUCUUGGAACAUUUUGCCCUACGCUAGCUCCUUGUUCUUCUGGGAUUACCAGCAUAGUUUUAUUUGUAGUAGUAGUAGUAGUAUUUCUUGAUAAAUGCUGCAUCUCUGACAUUGAUCCAUUUGCACCCUAGUAGAAAUACGAUGCAGUCUGCUUUUUUAAAAAAAAAGUGGGAGGGGAGCCUUUAAUGGAGAUAGUGAGAGUAACCAGUUUCUGAGAUAAUGAUGCAGCAAGAUUUAGCUUUUCCUAGAAGAAAUUAUAAUUCAGAAUUACUAAUAUGCCAGGGUGCAUAGAUGUAGUGGUUCAAAUUCAAGAUGGUGUGUGUGUACCAGCAACUGAUAUUCAGAGGCCCAUUGGCUCUAAGAGCAAAGGUAGGACAUAGUCAUUGUGGCUGGUAGCUAUUGAUAGCCUUAUGCCCCAUGAAUUUCAAAGCCAUCAAUGCCUCCUAUGGGAGUGAGUUCCAUAGUUUAACAAUGUGCCAUGCGAAGAAGUAGUUUCUGUCAGGGAAGAGUUAGAAGUUUCCAGUUUCUCAGAGGGAGAAAGCAUUCGCCAAGGGGGGAAGGAGAGCAGUGAAUCUAACAGAAGAGAGCAAGAGGAACAACAGGGAGGGAAUGGCUGUUCACAGGAAAGGCAAGGGUUAAGUUCUAGCUCAGAUUGGGAGGAGGGGAGAUACAGGCCAGCUCUAGCCAGGAGGUUAGAAAAAAGAGCGGGAAAGCGAAGGGAAGGGCGCCUUCGCCAUUUUGAGAGUGGCUGGUCAUGGAGAAGCAGAGCUCAGAAGGUAUCUGAAAUAAGUGACUCUGAGGAAUAAUAGUUAAGAGCUGUUUAUAAGAUUGUUUUGUUAAUACGCAAUAAAAAGUUUUAUAAAGGAACAAGAAGCGUUUGUGUGGUGAUCUGAAGAGGACAUCGACCAGUCCUGACAGUUUCUUUGAUACGUCCUGAAUUCCUCCGACGUUCAGCUUCAUUGGAUGUCCACAAGUUCUAGAGUCCUGUCUGCAUUUACCUAGUUGGAAGUCCCACUAAAUUCAGCGCAAUGUGAAUCAAAAUACCCUACACGCUGAAUGGGUAAUCCAGUUAAACCCACUCUCUUAAAUACCCAUAAAUUAAUGGCAUUCACCGGUCCAUUGGUUAAGGAUGAAACUAGGCGUGGUGAUGGCAGGCCUGGCUCUAUGUCAAGCACAUAUAAGCCAACCCAAGAGCCAACUGAUGAGGAAAGCCUCUGGGAGGACAAACUAUGGGAGGUUUAAGACAUGGGUAGGAUGCGGGUGGUCUGUGGGUUAAACCACAGAGCCUAGGACUUGCCGAUCAGAAGGUCGGCGGUUCGAAUCCCCGUGACGGGGUGAGCUCCCAUUGCUUGGUCCCUGCUCCUGCCAACCUAGCAGUUCAAAAGCACGUCAAAGUGCAAGUAGAUAAAUAGGUACCGCUCCUGCGGGAAGGUAAACGGUGUUUCCGUGCACUGCUCUGGUUCGCCAGAAGCGGCUUAGUCAUGCUGGCCACAUGACCCAGAAGCUGUACGCCGGCUCCCUUGGCCAGUAAAGCGAGAUGAGCGCGCAACCCCAGAGUCGGUCACGACUGGACCUAAUGGUCAGGGGUCCCUUUACCUUUACCUUUAGGGCUAGUGUGGAAGAUCUAGCAGUCUUCUUUCCCCCUGUGCUCCUUUUUCUCCCACCUCUUUUUUACUGGGCACAGAUCCAGGUUUGCAUGGAUCUGCCUCUGUUUAUAUGGAAUUUUGAUCCUUAAGGCGGUAAGCUAACAAGGAAAAGGGCGGAAGCAGGGCCCUUCCUUAUGCAACUGUUAUAUAAACACCACCGUGAAUAUAAGCUCCUGUAUUGUAUGCUCAUGUUAUACGUCUCAGCAUUCCAUCCUGGUGCUUGAAAUUUUUCCUGAAGUGCUGAGGCCUUUGUAUGUACAACACACAUUGCUGCAAAGUACCAGAAAGCCAGCACGUUCAAGGGUGCUUUUGCUGACAAAGCUUUCUAAGUAUGGGUACAAACCUCACCUGCAAAUUCGUGGAAGUGCCCCUUUUUAUGACCGCUGCCGGCAGCACAAUUCCCAUCUCUUAGUUGAAAAAGAGAGAGCAAAACAAAUGAAAGUAGAGAGUACUAGAGACCUGUGUUUCCUGAGUUUCUGUGUAAUCUCCAGGCUUCUUGUGGGAGCUCUAAGUUCUGUGCGUGAGCAUAUGCUGCUUGUGAAGGGGAAAAAAGGUGGAAACUCUCCUACACCAAAAAUACUAAUCCUUUUCUUUUCAUCACUACAGCUUUGCAUUUGUGAGAAUGUAGUCCAAGAUGAGUUUCUUGUUGCAUACUGCCAUCUGUCCCCCUCUCCCCUUGCUUUGUACAUAAUCCAUUAUUCUCACUUUUAGAUUAGGAAAAUUAAUUUAAUUCUGGAAUGCAUAUGAACAUAACCUCAGGCAUUGAGGGCCUCCUAAAACAGCCUUCACCAACCUGGUGCCCUCCAGAUGUUUUGGACAAGGUGGGGCUCAUGGGAGCUAUAGUCCUAGAGCAUUCAUAGAAUUGAGCAACCUGCAGGCUGAGUCCUAUGCUGAGCAUCAUCCCUCCCUUUUCCCCAUGUCAGUGUGAAUAUCUCUAGUCACCCACUCCCCACGGGUAAUUGUUUUGCAGCAAACCCUGAAGGACUUCUCUGCCCCAAUUUCUACAUUUCAUUACCAGUUUUCAACAUCCUAAUAGUUCCCACAGCAACCAGCCAUGCUGCAAACACGUGGGAGAAAACUGGAAGAGACAGAUGGGAUUCCUUCUAGGCUUCUGUAGCCUCAGAUGUACUAUUAUGACCCACUUUCUGGUUGCUCAAUUUCCAGAGGAGGAGGUAUGCAAAUACACAGGUGUAACAGGCAAACAGGUGUCUCUCCUGGGGAAAACUUUUUGGUCUAAAGCCACUCAGGUGAAGUAAGCUGCCCUUCUGAAAAGUCUCCAUUGCACACUAAUGCAGGCAUUAAUGAACACAACAAAAAUACUAACAAUAACUCAACAUUAUUAAAGCCUGUUCAUUUUUUUGCCUUUGCACUUUGGAGCAUUUGCGUUGUUCUUACAGGCUUUGUUUCUGCAUGAUGAAGGGGUUUUGUACAGGUUUUCACUGCAUACAAAACUAUUGUGGUAAUGUUAUUAAGGGUUCCUAGGCAUCUGUGGUAAACUGCCUCCAGCCGCUCGCCCCUCCCUCACCUGUCUUUGCUCUCUGGCCAGACCAGGUUUCUUGAGCAGGGCUGGCAGACACGUUUACGUUUUACAGAAACAGAACAAAAUAGAACCGGUAAAGCUGCCACCACUCCCUUUGUCCCGGGGAACCCAGAGCCACAACCCAGGGAGAAGGCUGUGCCCCAUUAUUGCUGGUUACCCCCACUCCACAAGUUGUAUCCACAGACUUGCAGACAGAAAUUCUAUGGUAGAGCACAACCAAGCGUAAGGCUAGGAAUUAGCUUUUCCCCUGGAAAGGCACACAAACUAAAACAGUUUCUUAAAAUUUAUUUUAAAAAAACAUAGGGAAACAUGCUAAAAAAGCAGGCACAUCUUUAGUAAGUUACAAGCAAGAAAACAAGAACAUUGAAAUCUAACUGACUUACAUACUCACGACUAAGAUACAGAUAGAAUAGAGUCCUUUCAAUGAUCCGCAUUCAGAGGUUUUCGCAAUUCUCCAUCACAAAGGACGAAAGGACGGCUACUUAGGUGGAGCAUCAGCAGCCGGGCGAUUUGCGGAUUGCAGAGCGCACUUUCUCAGCCAUUCCCAAGACCUUUUAUCCCCAAUUUGCACGUGGCGUCGGAACCCCCAAAACCAAUCAUAACUCUUGAUUAUUUUCAAAACUCUCCAAUGACCAGCUUGCGGGCUAAUCAAUCUAACUUCUGGCAGCUGGACCAAUUAAGAACCCAGAGCCUAAAUCAAAGGGGUUUCCUCCCUUUCCGUGGAGCCUAUGCAGACGCACAUUCCCAGGCAAUCAAGGGCAGAUAACAUCACUGAGGGAAUGCACAUAACUUCGGACCCAGGUGUCAAACCUUCCAUUAAAUCAGGGGUUUCCUUUCCCAUAAUAAACCUUUCACACCCUGGGAGCCUGCUGGUCUGGGGUUAAAGGGACAAAACUCAUUUCCCAUGGUCCUUGUGGCUCGUUGGUCUCCCACAAGGCCUCACUCUCGUUGCCUGACCAAAGAACAGCUUCUAAGCAAACACUAACUUUACUGCAGCAUCCUUUUUAAAGAAAUAAACGAGGACCCUUUUUACAGCACUUGGCUUUAUAAUAUAUAAUAUAUUGUGUUCAGUACAUGCCUCAACACACCAGCUAAUUUUACAGUAUCAUACAGAAAGCUCUGUAUUCGGACAGUAAACUGAGAAAUUAGGGUCAGACUUGUGUGGACUCAUCACAGAACCUGCUUCUUACCUGCUAGGAACUGGUCUCCCUUAUCGUGGAUGAAGAAUGCAGGAAGCGAUCAACCUCAGCAAACUGCAAGCAUCCCCAGCUGUCUCCAGAGAACAGUGGGCUUGUGAUCCUGGAGGUUGGCUGUGGCUCAGGGGCGAUUGCUCUGAGUCUUCUGAAGAAGCUGCCUCAUGUGAGUGAAAUUUUCAUUUAUGACAAUAAUGUUGAGAGACCUGCCACUGCUUCCAAAAGUUUGCCACCUGAGGUCUAUAAGUCAAGGACAAACAUCACAUUCAUUCAUUUAUUUUUUGCACUAGCAGUCUCGUACCUGGCUUGGCUCAGGAAUUCCCAGGGUGGUUUAACAAUCAUUCCCUCUUUGCAGGCAACUCUUGGAAUUGUAGCUCUGUGAGGGGAAUAGGGGAUCUCCUACCAGCUCUCAGCAUGCCCAAUAAACUACACUUCCCAGGAUUCUUUGGGAGAAGCCAUAUAAAAGUAGUAUGAAACUGCUUUGAAUAUAUAGUGCAGAUGGGGGCUUAGAAAGAGCUCGGUUCCAAAGCAUUACACUGGCCUUGCUCAUCUCAGAUGCUCCAAAUGGCAUUUUUUUUACCAGCUGUGCCCAAGAAAUUAUUUCAUGUUUGCUUCUGUUGUUCUUGUUCCCUUUCUUUCUUAGAGCAGAGUCAUUGCCACAGAUAAAUCACAAGCUGCUGUGAAUCUCGCCAGGGAAAAUGCAGCAAGGUAAGAGUAUGCUCCCUGUGUAUACUAAUAGCCAACAUUUUCUAUUUCUUUACCAAUGUGUCUGACAUUUGGUCAGUUUACUGGUGCUCUGUUCCUAAUUUCAGGCAGUUUAAACAAAGCAUCUGGGUUGUAUAAACAAACAUUUUUAAUGGUCAGGAUUUAAAACCGUGGGAUGCAGCGUAAACAACUCUGCCGUAACUCUCCAAGUGCUAUUGCACUUGUAUAUUAGAAAGCAUUACUAAAUCAACUAUCAUACAACCAACCUAUAAUUACUGGAGUAACUCGAUCAGAUUUUUUUAAAAAAUAAGACAAGAUUAAGAUCUUGGCUGUGAGAACCUGCUCCCUGACUGACUCCAGCUGAGGCAGCUGAACAGACUCUUGGGUUGGGGUAUAGCUUAGUGGAUUUUGUUGCUGUUGGUGUUGCCCCAGUUGUUUACAAUGUUUUAAAUUGUUUUUAACUGGUUUUUACCUUUUAAAUUUGGGGGUUUCGUUGUUUUUAAAAUAAGGGAGUAAGACAUGCCUAGGAAGAGAAGAGCGGGGAAUAACAGGGGCGACCCCAAUCACAGUGACUCAGGGUAGGAGGGCAGGCCAGGUAAAGGGCAAAUGCCACAGGCUGUUAGUGGCUGUACCAUGUGCCAGCCCCUUCUCCAGCCUGGCAGGUUGCAGUUGUCCUAUCAGUCAGCCCUUGACUCUAUUGAUGAAUGCCCGGGGUUCUCUGAGUAAGUCCCCUCUCAUCCAUGGUCUGAUCAUGGAUGAGGAGGCUGAUCUGGUCUGUAUCACUGAGACCUGGGUGGGUGAGCAGGAUGGAGUUCGUCCCACCCAGCUGUGCCCACCUGGGUACUCAAGCAUCAGGGCAGACUUGAGGGACAGGGAGGGCAAGUUGCUGUCAUCUAUAGAAAUCUCCUCUCUCUCUCUCUCUCUCUCUCUCUCUCUCCAGGCUCUCUGUCCAGUUUGGGGGAACUAGAAUUGAGUUCCUGGCAUUGGGCAGUCAGGACAGAUUAGAGAUUCUGCUAGUUUACCACCAUUGCCCUUGAGUUUCCUUGCCUGAGCUGACAGAACUGGUCUUGGAAGUGGUGUUGGGGACUCCCAAGACCGCUGGUUUUGGAAGACUUCAACAUUCGUGCCUAGGCAACUGGCUCAGGACAUCAUUGCUGCCAUGAUUAUCAUGGAGCUGUCCCAACAUGUCAUCGGACCAACACAUAAGGCAAGCCACACUCUGGACCUUAUUCUCUCAACUGAGCAGAAAAAGGGUGAUCUGAAAGUGAAUGAUAUUGACAUCAGCCCCUUGUCACGGUCAGAUUACUUUCUGUUGAAAUUUAGGCUUUCAGCACCUUUCCCCCUCCGCAGAGGGGGAAAUUAGCGCACAAAAAAGGGCCUCAGAUGAUGGACGCAGAAUCUGUCAUGGUUUAUACAGUGGUGCCCCGCAAGACGAAUGCCGCGCAAGACGAAAAACCCGCUAGACGAAAGGGUUUUCCGUUUUUCGAUGCGCUUCGCAAGAUGAAUUUCCCUAUGGGCUUCCUUCGCAAAACGAAAAAGUCUUGCGAGUCUUGCGAUUUUUUUCGCUCCCCCCCCUUUUCCUAAGCCGCUAAGCCGCUAAUAGCCUUUUAGCCGCUAAGCCGCUAAGCCUUUAAUAGCCACUAAACUGCUAAACCGCUAAUAGCGCUAAGCCGCUAAUAGGGUUGCUUCGCAAGACGAAAAAACCGCUAGACGAAGAGACUCGCGGAACGGAUUAAUUUCGUCUUGCGAGGCACCACUGUACAGGGAGAGGCGUCCUUAAGGUCCUUCUUUGUGUGUCUUCUCCAUGAGAGGUCCAGGCCUUUUCUGUAGUGGCUCCCCUUCUGUGGAAUGCUCUCCCCAGGGAGGCUCACCUGGUACCUUCAUUACAUAUCUUUAGGUGCAAGGCAAAAACAUUUCUCUAUAACGAGGCCUUUGGCUGAUCAUCAUUCUACAAAUCUGAUUGUGGGAGGUGGGUUAUUGGUUUGUUUUUGUUUUAUUUAUGUAUUUUGUGUUCUCAUUUUGUAUUUUUAUGUUGUGAACCACCAUGUGCUCUUCGGAUGAAGAGCAGUAUACAAAUUCUUAUUCUUAUUCUUCUUCUUCAUACAUUGUUUAAUUUUACCCAGGUUUUUAAAUAUAAACAAGCUUUACAAUAUAAGACAUGGGCUCGCUCUAUCAUCAUGAUCAAGUUACAUUAAUUACUACAUAUCACCAGAGUGAAGAGUGAAGAAAGGAACAAUAAACAUAUGCCUUCCUUUUAUUUCAUAAGCGUUACCCUUUCUUAAUUAUGGCUUUGUUCUCUUCUGACAGCUAGAGACUUUACUUUAUUCCCCUUCCUGUAGCACCCAGACCCAUCUGGGAUGUUUACACAGUAAUUCAGAGAUUGUGUUGUAAUAUCAGUAGAUAACAAUGGGUGCAACACAGUAGAGCUAUCUCACAGGAGGAGUAUUUUGAUACCUGUGAAUUUCUGAUUAACAAGCAUGACUACUUUUCCGCUGUGCUGGUGCAGGUGGAGGGGAGAGGGAUCCAUUCAGAAUGGCAGCAGAGUUGGGGGAAAGUUGAACCAACUAACAUGUGAGCAGGAGACAGUUGCAUUAGUUUAGUUUAAGAUCAUGAAAAUUGCAGCUUGCCAGUGGAAUCUCCGAUAUUCUGAGUUAGACUGCUGGGCCUCUUUUAGGCCACCACAUUCUGCUCCAAUUAUUGCUGAGCUAGUCACAAGCAUUUUUGCCCUCCCCACUUUGGCUAUUAUUUGCAAGUCUUCACAAAAGAAAAUUCAAGGGAUCAGAUCCGGGGUGAGUGGUUGGAGAAGAGCAUAGCCCCUCUGCUUCAGUAAUGGAGACAGCUUUCUCUCUCAUCCUUGAGACUGAAUAUGCCCAGCUAGGCAUGUCACAGCUAUUGGUGCAAGUUGUAAGUCUUGGGGGCCUGUCAGCAACUCACCACCAUCUAUUCACUUGCCCUCUACCUCUGACCCAGUCUGCACAAUUUCCUAGAGCAGUGGUAGGGAGCCAAUGGCAUUCCAGAUGUUUUUGGGCUCUCAUCUUCCCCAGACAGGGCAAGUGGAGGGUUCUGCUCCAUUGCUUCCCUACUUGCAUGCUUGAAGAGGAAAAUUAGACAGGUGACCGGGCAGGUAGGAACAGAACCACUGUAGUCCAGUGCCUCCAAACUGCGUCCCACACAGUUGAUCUAGGAAGAGACCAUAUUCAAUGAUAUCAAAAGCUGCUGAGUGAUCAAGUAAGAGUAACAGGGUUGCACUUCCCCUGCCACUUUCCCGAUACAGGUCAUCCAUCAGGGUGACCAAGACUGAAUCAGUCCCGAAACCAGGCCUAAACCAAGACUGAAGUGGAUCCAAAUAAUCAGUGUCAUCCAGGAUCACUUGCAGUAAUAGAGAGGACUGCAGCCUGUUGAUGAGUUAAUUAUCAGAAGGGACUCUCUUAUCCUACUGUAGAUUAUUUCUAGAAAAGAUAUGCUCUCUUUUCUAGAGCCAGUGUGGUGUAGUGGUUAAGAGCGGUAGUCUCGUAAUCUAGGGAACCGGGUUCGCGUCUCCGCUCCUCCACAUGCAGCUGCUGGGUGACCUUGGGCCAGUCACACUUCUUUGAAGUCUCUCAGCCCCACUCACCUCACAGAGUGUUUGUUGUGGGGGAGGAAGGGAAAGGAGAAUGUUAGCCGCUUUGAGACUCCUGAAGGGGAGUGAAAGGCGGGAUAUCAAAUCCAAACUCCUCCUCUUCUUCUCUGCAAAUAGUUUUGCUAACCAAGACUAUUAGUAAUAUUUGGUGACGUAAAUGAGUCCUAAAGGACUACAGAUUUGUUUGCAUAGUCUUGGAAUGGUGUUUUCAGAUUCUGAGUCAUUUUUAUUCAUUGAACUGGUAAAUCAGGCCAACCCAGAAAUGAGUUGAAAAAGAGUCACCCAUCCUGGUUCUCUGUUUACUCUACUUUCACUUUGGGAAGGAAUGGUGAUCUGCAGUAUAAGUUGAGGCGGCUAAAGCACGUGUCCUUAGUUUGUAUACACAUUUCGUUGUCUCUGGAUAAUAGCCCUGAGAAAAUGAACACCACCACUGAAUCUUGUGGGUCUAAAUUAGCCCACGGAGUAGAUACGAGCUGCCUGUAGCAGAGCAGAGCCACCUGUUUCCCACGCGUGGCUUUUUUCUUACAGGCUGCUGGUGAAAGAGGCACCAGCCACAGGAUUUUCAGACUUCUAGAUGUUAUGUCAGGUGAACUAUCUCCCAAUCUGCUAGUGCUGGAGAAUCUGAUAAAGAGAUGCGAGUAGGAAGCAAACAUGGAGCUUUGCAAAUUCACCUUUUCAUUUUUACAUUUUAAUCUUGAGAGGCUGUCAAGGCCUGUCCCCCUGAAGCCGUUUUCCACAAGGCCACCAUAUUAAGCCAUGUUAUCUUCCCAUCUAAGCCAGUUGUGGGCUUGCUGCACCUUUUAAGCGGCAUGUUAUAAUGUUAGUGCUCCCCUGUGGGCAAAUCUUGGGUAAGACCCAUUCCCUGUUAAUGAGUCCCACACCCAUAUCUCCCAAAGGCAUGUGAUUGCAGACUGGUGGAUUUUCUUUUCUUUUUAGGGGGCCCUUUAUUCCUAGUCCGGAUUUGCCAUGUGCUUAUGAUCCCUGUACUGAGAAACUCAGCCAGAGCCAUGGGACUUGGCAUCCCUUUCUUUCAGUUCCUAAAUUCCACCACCAACUGUUGUUGCUUACCCACGUAAGGACUUGUCAAGCAACUGUUCUCUCAGCUUCCACUUACGUAAUAACUAUUCUGCAGAAUAUUAUACAGCUGCAAAAUUUCGUUUUGUUUAAUCACAUUUCUGUUUUGCCCAUCUUUAAUGGCAGAGGUGGGCAAACAUUUCUGUGGCUAAAUUUGGCUGGCAGGGGUCCUAAUUUGGUCUCUGAGGCCAUUUACUCAACCCAUGGUCACCUUCUCCACAACCGCUGCUAUGCCCCACUAUAAACAAUAUAUACAAUAUAUACAAACCCCACUAUAGCAAUGUUGCAGACACACAGUGGUGUUGAACAUAUCACAGCAGCAGCCAGGGUGUGGCGAUUUCUGCUUUCUAACAUCAUAAUACACCGCCAGCUAAACUUGGUGAUUUAGCGGUAUAUUAUGAUGUUGGAAAGGAGAUGGGGAGGAAGAAGGUACCGUAUUUUUCGCCCUAUAGGACGCACCGGCCCAUAGGACGCACCUAGAUUUUGGGGGGGGGGGGAAAUAAAGGGAAAAAAAUUUAUUUCCCCCCCCCCCCAGGCACGGGGCUGGGGAGGGGGAAGUCCGAGCUUCCCCCACCCGAGCCCCCAGAACAGGCAGCUCUCCGCAAGCCGUUGGAGGCCAGCGUGAAGUUGCGCCGGGCUCCCACAGCUUGCGGAGAGCUGCGCGAAGCCCGCUCUGGGAGCAUGCAGGGCUAGGGGCGGGGGAAGCCCGAGCUUCCCCCUCCCCCAGAAUGGGUCCCAGAGCGAUGCCGAAGCUCGGGCUUCCCCUGCCCCCUGCCCCGCAAGCUCCCAGAGCAAUAGCGAAGCCUCCCCGCUGUCCCCCGAGCUUGCUGGGCUGGCGGCAGGGAGAAGCGGGCUUCUCCCCACCGCCAGCCUCCAAACCAGGUCAGGGGACAGCGGGACGGCGGCGUUCCGCCUCCCCGCUGUCCCCCGAGCUUGUGGGGCUGGCGGUGGGGCUCUCCUGAAGCCUGGAGAGCGAGAGAGGUCGAUGCGCACCGACCCCUCUCGCUCUCCAGGCUUCAGCGAAAGCCUGCAUUUGCCCCAUAGGACGCACAUACAUUUCCCCUUCAUUUUUGAAGGGGAAAAAGUGUGUCCUAUAGGGCGAAAAAUACGGUAAUUGCCAGCCACGGAGACUGAUAGUCUUUAGUUUUCUAAUGACUUCCUACAGAGGAGGACUGCAGUGAGGAGUGCAAAAUUCCUUGCUUAAUCAAAGUUUUGCAUAAUUGAUGGUUACACUAAUAACAUCUCUCUCUUUUUUUCUUUUGAGCUUGUGCCAAAGAGAACCAUAAUAAUUACUUCACAGUUUUCAGACUGAAAAACUGUGCUGUUGAUUGUUGCAAUGGUUUUCUUCAUUAGAUUGGAUGUGAUGGGUUUUAAUGCCAUUUUCAAUUGUUACAUUAAAAGAUGAUCUGUAUCUCAUGUAUGAUGUCUUCUCUAAAAGGUUACAUCUGCAGGACAGGGUAAAGAUCCUUCACCAUGAUGUGUCUUCAAGUAAGUUUCAUAUAUGCAGUUGCUCAUGUUAAUUGGUACCAGGGGAAGGUCAAAGACAAGAGCCAUUGUGUAUUAAAAUGCAGGAGUGCUAAUUCUCACAUGUCGGAAGUGACCUGCAGAACACAGUUGCCAAUCGCCAUUUCUGUACAUUCAACACUGUGUCAGUAUGUGGUACCCAAAAUGCAUCAAUAAUUUGCCCAGUUACCUCCGUCAUAUUUUGUAUUCUGCUUAUUAUUCCUUUUAGUGCUCUCUGUUUUCAGUUAUUUUAUUGAUUUAUUGCUUUUUUUAAAAUGUGUCAUGAGCUUUUGUAUAAAAAAAAAAUAGCCCUGUACUGUAUAUUAUUAUUUUCAGUUGAAGAAUGAGUUAAAUGUGUUGAGCUGAGGCCUUAUAUGGCAGCACAGUACUUGCAAAGCAGUGGCUUGCUGAUUUUUGUAAACAAUUUGAAUGCUGAGGUAAGCAAACCUGGCUGCACUUCAGUAACCUUUUUCCUCCCCUGAAGAAAAAAUCCCUUUUUCAAAUAUGUCACUUUAAAUGUCUUCACAAAAUUCUGAAGCGGCCAUUUUGCCAGAUUUUUAAAACUUAACAGGUACGAGUCCCUGUCAGGGAAAAAGGCAGGAUGUGAAUAGACAUAAAAAUAACCAGAAUUUGGCUUUUGAGAACUAUAGGGCAUUGGCAUUCAUGAUGCUGGGAAACACUUUGCGUUAUAAGGCUGCCAUUAUAUAACCAUUGGCAUGUUUCAGUACCCAAUAUAGUGCUAUGAAACCUGUGGUGCUAUGGCUCCCUUAAGGUAUUAUUUAUUCCAAAAUUGCCACAGCUUCAUAUGUUAUUCUUUAUAAUCCGGCCAGGUACAACUGUGCAGCAGCAGCCCAUGCGGGGAAUAGAGCGGCAGCAGUGCCCUCCCAGUGGUCAGGAAUAGAGGGGCAAGGCAGUGAGGCCAGGGAGUUCCAAGUUGAUGGUAGAGGCCUCUGCAAGGCUUCCACCAACCUGUAGCUUCCCCCAAACUUGCCACCAUCUUUCCCAGUCCUGACAAGCAGGACACACUUAUUGGGAAAGCGCUACUGCUGCUUUUCACACCACUGUUUUAACAGUAUACAGUUCCCUUAAACAUUGUUUUGCAGUUUAUAAGUUUGGAAGGGUUUUCUAAUUUGUUUUUUUAUUGGGCGGGGGGACCGUGGUGUCAUUUAGAUGAUCAGUGUAGGCCUUAUAAGCUGCUGUUUAGUCUCUGGACCAAGUACCGUAUUUUUCGCUCUAUAAGGCGCACCAGACCACAAGACGCACCUAGUUUUUGGAGGAGGAAAACAAGGAAAAAAAUAUUCUGAAUCUCAGAAGCCAGAACAGCAAGAGGGAUCGCUGUGCAGUGAAAGCAGCAAUCCCUCUUGCUGUUCUGGCUUCUGUGAUAGCUGUGCAGCCUGCAUUCGCUCCAUAAGACGCACACACAUUUCCCCUUACUUUUUAGGAGGGAAAAGGUGAGUCUUAUAGAGCAAAAAAUACGGUACUUCUCCUUCAUCUUCUCUUUGUCAGAGGAGGGAAGGAGUGCUUGACACCCUUAAUUUAUGAACCAUGGUUUAUGAAGGCUGGAUUACACAUGUGAUCCAGACCAACCUGCUAGUUAUUCUGGAAGGUCGGGAGGGAUAAACAAAUACAAUUUCGCAAGUUACCUUUGAGCCUGUUAUUAUAUCUAAAGUUUGUUUUGCUUUGCUUUUGUUUUUUGGUAAAGCUUUUUAUAAUUUUUAUUUCGUUCUAUAAUGUACAAUUAUAAGAGCAGACAAAAAUUAAAUGGUGAAAAACAAAAUUAUAAAAUAGGCACAUAGAAUGAGUAGUUGCACAUGAUUUAAAAACAACAGAGCCCAAGUUAGGACUGUCAACUCUAGUUCCAGAUUUGCCAGGCUUGUCUUGAAAAUGCUGGUUCUGCUAUAUAUGUCAUAAAGGAAUGCCAAACCAUAUAAAAAGUGUCUGGGGGUUCUAGUCCUUGCUGAAAUCUCAAAUUAUAUGUGAUUUUCUCCAUUAUAGCUAUAUUCCAGAGUGAGCAGUACCAAGCAUCCAGUGCAAGAUUUUUGGCUGUUUUCCACUGAGUUGCAAUUUGUGUUGCUAAGAUCGUAUAUAAUAUCAAUUCUUUUGACAAUAUGUACACAUUGGUUGCAUCAAAAAUAUUCAGUAGCAUUAAUUUUGGUGAUAUUUAUCAUUUCUGUCAACCUAACAUUUGUUUUUAUUCUUUCUUCAAUGUAGGUUCUUGGGAAUGCCUACUGCCCUGGGGUUUGAUAGAUACUAUAAUCAGUAAUCCACCAUACAUUUUCCAUGAAGACAUGACUCAGUUGGCGGCAGAAAUCCUCAGGUAGCCAGAAACCUCUUCCCUCUUUGUUCCUCACUACAUUUCUGCCCCCCCCCCCUUUGCUCUUUGGUGAGGACUGCUGGUAUUCUAAAGGCCAGUCUAGGUAUGAUGUGGGGAGAUCUUUGAGUUCAAAGGGGCUCUCGCCAUAUUUUGAAGAGAUAGUAGCAGCUGCUGGACCCCUUCCCCAUCUCCCUGGCUUGGUUCUGAGGUGUCAUGACCUUUUCCAUUUCCCUUGAAAGAAUGGGCCAUAGCUGAGUGAUAGAAUGCGUGAUUUGCAUGCAGGAGGUUCCAGAAUCAAUCCCUGACAACUCCAGGUAGGGCCAGAAAAAAUAUUGCCUGAAUGAAACCUUGGAGAGCUGUGACUGCCUAUUAGUAGCAAACAUAUUUUUCAGGCAGCCUUGUUUGUUUUGCUGCUGUGUGUAAAGCUAGGUAGUGCUUUGGUUUUUAGACCUUGUCUUUGGUUUCUAGAUAUGAGGAUCUUGGUGCACUGGAUGGAGGAAAGGAUGGGAUGAGUGUAAUAAAACAGAUUCUGAAAUUGGCUUCAUACGUCCUCAAAGAUGGCAGGUAAGUUCUGGCUAAUGCUGGCUGCUUCUUUUCUGACAAUAAGGGAGCUUUGUUUCAGGGAACUGGGAAUAAGACUUCCUGAGGGACACCAUCUGCCACCACAGCUAAAAUAAUUUGGAGGAAGAGAAUGACAGGAGGGUGCAAAUGAGAGCAGUUUCUGUCUUUCCCAGUUCUCUUCCUUUUCUGUCUCAGGUUCAGAGAUUGGGGAUUGAGAAAAACACCACAACUGAGGUGAGAAAUCCUCCCUUGUUACCUGUUCCCCUUGCUUAAAAAUCAAGAUAGCCACCAUUAGUACGUCUGAAAGUCGCCAAGUUAGAGAGUAAUUAAAAAAAAAAAACAUUUAUGGCAUGGCACAAGUACAACAUCCACUGCCCUGUUGCACACAGUGACCAGGGCAGAAGAGAGGGGAGGCAGACAGACUGCUAUGUCAGCCUGGAGCGGGAGCAGCAGUCAAGCCUGGUGUCAUCCCAUGACAGCAGCUAGGCUGGCUUAUCCCUGCACCUAGAAAGUGCCAUUUAGGGGGUUUCUUCUGUUGCCACCAGUGCAGAUCUUGUCAGGAGCGCUUUGGCAUGCUCACAUGUUUGGCAGGUGGGAGGGGGAGCGAGGCCCAGCAUUCACUCCACAGACAGUGGGUGGUAGAGGCCAGCAGGGGUGAAACAGGGGCACCCCCACUCAAUCCAACCCCCUAGCCCAGCCCCUUUAAAGUACACCUCCAAAUUUGCAUUUUGGUGUGGAAACACCACGGGACUCCCUUUUACUGAUAGGAGGAGGAAUUAAACCCCCAUGUGGGGGUCUACAGCCCCCCGCCUAACCAUUCGACCAUCCUGCCUGUGUCAUUAAUUCGUUGGUUAUUUUCAACAAACCAUAAAGAUAUCGGCACCUUAUAUCUAUUAUUUGGUGCCUGAGCUGGUAUGGAGAGAGAGAGGAGGAGUUACAAAAAGAUAAUUUUAAAAAUAGUUGAAGGAAUCACUGGAGCUGAAGAAGUUAUAUUAGGUGGCACUUGGGAAGUGAUCCUAAGAUAUUAUAUUGUGAUGAUUUGGGGAAGUUCAUUUGGGAACUUAAAGGCCAGCAGCCAGCUGCAUCUCAAAAUACCCUGCUGUGGCUGAGAUGUUCCAAUUUGUGGCUCUGUAGUUUUAAGAACACACCCAUCAACCAGAAAACGUAGCUUUGCUGGCCAAGAUCUCCAUUAAGAUAGAUUGGGAGGAGAGAAACCACAGUACGUGUAAUAAACAAGUGUGAGAAAGAUCUCUUUAAUGUUUGCUUCAUUAGCCAGAUUAUUACAAGUCCAGUUUGAACUCAAUCCUAGGAAACAACCCACAGCUUCCUUUCGCAACUACGAUGUUUCGGCGGAUUUCAAAACACUUGAAGAAAACCCCACAAAUCACAAAUAAUUGAAAAUGUCAGAUAAUAUUUCUGGGUAGUGGUUGUGGAAAACUUGGACACCUCUCUGGAGGCUGAGAGUUCUCUCAGUGCCUCCAGUUACUUUUAGUGUACCAGAUCAGGGAGAAUUGGGGUAUGGCAGUCAGCUCUGUGCUCUCUCAGUGGAGCACAGCUACUACAGUGGUACCUCAGGUUACAGACGCUUCAGGUUACAGACUCAGCUAACCCAGAAAUAGUACCUCGGGUUAGAAUCAUAGAAUCAUAGAGUUGGAAGAGACCACAAGGGCCAUCGAGUCCAACCCCCUGCCAAGCAGGAAACACCAUCAGAGCACUCCUGACAUAUGGUUUUCAAGCCUCUGCUUAAAGACCUCCAAAGAAGGAGACUCCACCACACUCCUUGGCAGCAAAUUCCACUGUCGAACAGCUCUUACUGUCAGGAAGUUCUUCCUAAUGUUUAGGUGGAAUCUUCUUUCUUGUAGUUUGGAUCCAUUGCUCCGUGUCCGGGUUAAGAACUUUGCUUCAGGAUGAGAACAGAAAUCAUGUGGCGGCUGCAGGAGGCCCCAUUAGCUAAAGUGGUACCUCAGGUUAAGAACAGUUUCAGGUUAAGAACGGACCUCCAGAAUGAAUUAAGUUCAUUCCACUGUACAAAGGAUGGUUAGUGGAACAGCCACCAGUGGAAGCGAAUUGAAUAAUACAUGUAGAGAUCUGAUCUGUGGUAAACAGCAGCAAUGCCAGGGCUGUCCCUACCAUUAUGUAAGUGUGGCGCACUUGCCUCAGACAAAUGCUGGGAGGUGGGUCAGGGGCAGCUCCCCUGGCUGUUUUCCUACUGGGAGAGGGAAACUGUGUGUGCCCCCUUAACUAGCCUAAAGCCCUUAGUGGCAGGGUCCAAUCCUCCUUUACCUACACUCCUGGCACCUUACAGGUCAAAAGUGUCAUCAGGCAGUGCCACUUGGACCAGCAGUGGUGGGCGAGGUAGCAUUUCUCAGCCAGCCAGCCCUUUGCCUUCGCAGCACUAUAGGAAGUAAUGCCCCAGAGGCCUCUGCAUCACUUCCCUGUGCUAUCUUGCCCUUUAGUGCUGGGAAGUGGAGGGGUAGCUUAGAAAUCUCAUGCAGCUCCCAGGUGCACAGCACCUAGGCUGUGCUUCUCAGUGCAGGGUUCCUGAGAGUCAUGUCCCUUCUGAGCUGGGCCAUGCCUUGGCCUUCCAGUGCCAGCACUAGAUGAAGAACAGUGCCGAGAGAGGAAAACUCAGUAAAAAAGGGGGAAAUAAUCCUUGACCACAUAGCACUGAAACAAGAAGUCGGGAACUAUUGAAAUACCAAUUUUACACAAUAGGAACAUACAUAGAAAGCUGCCUUAUGCUGAGUCAGACAGUUGAUCCAUCUAGCUCAGUGUUUUCUACACUGACUGGCAAAGGUUCUCUGGGGUUUCAGUCGAAAAUGUCAAUUCUGGGGAUUGAACCUGGGGCCGUCUGAAUGCAAAGCAGUUGCUCUGAGCUGCCGUCCUUCUCAUCACUAUUACAGUAACUAGGUAUCAUUGGAUUGUCGUGUAACAAACACUUUAUUAUUGUGUCAGGAAGGGUUUUCAUUUUAUUUUAUGCAUUUUAAAUUAAUUUAAUUUUUGCAUGCUGCGUCUAAUAUGUGUUUGCUGUUCCUGAUGAAUAUACUGUACUUUGAGGAAACUGGGCACUACAUUGUCCUGAUCGAAGUCAACUUUGUUCUGGCACCUCCUUUCCUGCUGUCCCUGUCCGAGCUUAAGGGAAAGGCUGUUUUAUUGGCUCAGAGUACUCUAACCAAAGGGAUGCGGGUGGCGCUGUGGGUUAAACCACAGAGCCUAGGACUUGCCGAUCAGAAGGUUGGUGGUUCAAAUCCCCGUGAUGGGGUGAGCUCCCGUUGCUCGGUCCCUGCUCCUGCCAACCUAGCAGUUCGAAAGCACGUCAAAGUGCAAGUAGAUAAAUAGGUACUGCUCCAGCGGGAAGGUAAACAGCGUUUCCGUGCGCUGCUCUGGUUUGCCAGAAGCGGCUUAGUCAUGCUGGCCACAUGGCCCGGAAGCUGUACACCAGCUCCCUUGGCCUGUAAAGCGAGAUGAGUGCCGCAACCCCAGAGUCGGUCACAACUGGAUCUAAUGGUCAGGGGUCCCUUUACCUUUUACUCUAACCGAAGGGGAGGGUUAGCAGUGAUGUAAUGGUGGCAGUGACUGUAUUGAAGAAGUUGAUCAUCUCUGGGCAUAGAGAAUUCCUCAACCAGCAGACUUCAAUAAUGCACUAACCAAAAAGAGAGAAAAGUGUUUAAAGUCUUUUAGAACUUAGUAUUUUUAUUUUGUUUAAUAAUAAACAAAGUUUGUUAAGCCUAGACGAAUAAUUGGAAGGUGGCUAAAUAUUUCCAAGCAGUUUCUUGGGAUGGGGAGGGAGAGAGCUGGGAUGGCAGUGUUUUUCCCGGAGCAUGAGAAAGUCAAAACUGGUAGUACGUAUAUUGCUACAUUCUUGUGGGUUUUAAAAAGGCACUGAUGAUUUAACAGCCAAAGAAAAGCAACUUGAAAUCCCUCCUGCAAAGUUGGAGCGCAAAUCUUGCCAUCUCAUACUCCAGGGUUUAUAAUAUCAUUUUUCAUUGUUAACCUCAAAGCAUAACCAGUGUUUCCUAGAAUCUGUGGAGUUUUUUUCUUUAUUUUAGUUAUUUAUUAACUCCCCCCUCAAAAAAGGUGGAGGAGGAAUUGAAGGAAAAACAUUUUGAAGGUCACACAUGCCCAUUUUGUGUGUGUGACCGGGCCGGGUUGAUUCAGAGGGAAUGUUCCGUGUGGGAAAGCUCUGAACGCACUCACUGCCUAGGCUUGGCUCAUUCUCCAUCAGUUUAUUAUUUAGCCUGCAAAACUGCCAUUGGCUGUGUUCAAGCUGAGAAUCAUUAGGGAUGGGUUUGGGUAUAGUCAUUAAGAUGUCUAUCAGGGUGCACUAGAAACUUAGAUUGUAAGAUUCCUAGUCCAGUAGCAGAAAAUAAUUAGUUCUGGUGACAGGUGUGGAAUCCUGAAUCUCUGAAUAGAAAAUGUCCUCUGGGAACCAAACUACAUGAUAUGUUAACUGCAGCCCUGCAUUUUAUGUAUCUGGGUUAGUUCUUGUUAAACAGCAACCACAGCAGAGGUGGAAUGCGAAUCUGGACCCUUGGCGCAAGAGGAAAGGUUUGUAGUGCUUUGUCCUUUCACUGUCCUGAGGAAAAUCCUAUUAUUUCCCCGAAGCGCUUGUUUUUUCUUGGAGAAAUUCUCUCCUGGUUUGUUUGCUACUUAAAAACAAAAAACCCUCUUCCAUUCCACUGCGGUCCCAAUCCUGAAUGCCUUCCCAACCACAACUGCUAAUUAACAACAGCAGAAGGACGCAUUAAAUGCAGUAAUACACAGAUAAAAUACUGUGUGUUCUAGCCCUUGUUGCACUCAAGGACAGAUUAAUGCUUAAUGCUCAGCAUGAACAAAUAACUGAUUUGGCAGAUAAGGAGGGGAUUAUGUUUGUUAGGCAUGUAUGAAUGAUGCCCCCAGGAUUCUUUCAUAAUACUAGAACUCAGGUGAUUCCAUGACAAUGAGUGGCAGUAGGUUCAGGACUGAUGAAAGAAAAUACUUUUUCACAAUAUGCAUACUGUAGAGCAGCCAUGUACAACAUGUCGAUCGCGAGCCUGCGGUCAACUGCCGGGUUGUCUCUGGUCAAUCGUGGGGCCUUUCUCUGCAACCUCAGAUGCAGCAGCAGCCGCUGCUGCUGCCAGUCUCCACAGCCAUGCAACCCUGAGCAGCACGAGGGCGAGUGGAGACAGAGAGAGGCACAAGGCACUAUGUGGAUCCCCAUCAACUGCGAGACGCCCUUUGACAGGAGAGAGAGAGAGAGAGAGAGAGAGAGAGAGAGAGAGAGAGAGAAGCUGACUCCUCAGAUCCGUGCAAACUAUUAUAAAAAUAUAGUUUGACUUUUCUCACUUGUUUAGUUACUUCUCCAUCUAGUAACUAUUGGGAUCUGUCAUAGUGAUAUCCAAACAUAACUACUGUAUCUGUGAAAUAAAGAUCAUUUAUUUAUUUAUUUAACUGAAAUGACUACGGAGGGUGGUAGAUCACUGCCAGUUUUUGAUACUUGUUGGUAGAUUGCAGGCAACUUGAAGUUGGACGUGCCUGCCGUAGAGGAUUAAUUGCAACCAGAGAUUCUGGUAGCCUCCAACUUGGGGGAGGGCAGGCAGGUCCACCAAUGGCAGUGCUUUUUUGGGUGGAAAAAAAGAAUGUGCUUCAGGCUAGCACAGAGUGUUACACACCCACCCAAAAGUACUGAAUAUCAGCCAUGUUGUUGUUGUUUAGUCGUUUAGUCGUGUCCGACUCUUCGUGACCCCAUGGACCAGAGCACGCCAGGCACUUCUGUCUUCCUCUGCCUCCCGCAGUUUGGUCAGACUCAUGUUUGUAGCUUCGAGAACACUGUCCAACCAUCUCGUCCUCUGUCGUCCCCUUCUCCUUGUGCCCUCAAUCUUUCCCAACAUCAGGGUCUUUUCCAGGGAGUCUUCUCUUCUCAUGAGGUGGCCAUAGUAUUGGAGCCUCAGCUUCACGAUCUGUCCUUCCAAUGAGCACUCAGGGCUGAUUUCCUUAAGAAUGGAUAGGUUUGAUCUUCUUUCAGUCCAUGGGACUCUCAAGAGUCUCCUCCAGCACCAUAAUUCAAAAGCAUCAAUUCUUCGGCGAUCAGCCUUCUGAAUAUCAGCCAUAGCUGCUGAAUAUAGUUUUAAGUGUUUAGGGCAAAAGCAGAUAGUGUCUUUCUCAAUCUUGCUUUGCUUGCUCUUGGCCCCUGUAUGGAGAUGGUGUGUUGAGCUUAAUAUAACAUUGGUCAGAUUCAGCACCAGCAGUUCUUAGGUUCAUAGAAUUCUAUUUUCUGGUCCCAAGUAACAGGUUUUUACCCCCUGCUCCACCAAAAGAAUCCAUCUUCUACUGCUUGCGCCACCAUUCCUUCAACACCAUUGUUAAUUGUUAAUUCAAUCACUAUUGAAUUAUAUUCUGUCAGGUUGGGAACUGAGGUGCAGAAAUAAGAAGUGAGUAUUCAGAUGAGGAGCCUGCAUCAAUUGGACUAGUCUAUAUUGGACUUUAUGAACCACCGUAUGGUAGCUUGAGGCUCCCAACUAUCAUGACCUAAUUGAACUGGGCAUGUGAUUGCCUCACGAUUCACCCAGCUCUUAAUUUAAUCCAUGCUCAACUUGCAGCCUCAAAGCUGCCAAAAACAUUUGGAAGCUCAGUGUAUUUGAGCAAUUGUACAAAUCACUUCAGUGUGUGCUUAAAACUCUGUGCAGAUCCACUAAACCCACAUUCUCAACAUGCCAAUUUGAUCAUGUGAAGUGCCCUGUCUAUUAGGAAGUUUUGAUCAAGUUGGCCCAUUCUCUUGCUUCUCUGCUUUCAGGAGUGUGUUUCUAGAAGUUGACCCCAGGCAUCCAGAGAUGGUGGAGAACUGGCUGUGCAGUCACCCCGACUUGCUUCUCUUUGUGUCUGCCACCCAUAACGACUUUUGUGGAAAGUAAGAGCCUGUUUUACAUUCAUUCUUGUUCUACUGUCUACUAGAGUAGUUUCACAGAAGCGUAAUGAGCACUGGCAAGUGUUGCCCCCUGCUUGGAAUGCUGUGAGUCUCAGUGGAAAGAUGCUCCAGCUCAAGGGUAGGCAACCUAAGGCCCGGGGGCCAGAUGCGGCCCAAUCGCCCUCUUAAUCCGGCCCACGGACAGUCUGGGAAUCAGCGUGUUUUUACAUGAGUAGAAUGUGUCCUUUUAUUUAAAAUGCAUCUCUGGGUUAUUUGUGGGGCAUAGGAAUUCAUUCAUUCCCCCCCCCCCAAAAAAAAAUAUAUAUAGUCCGGCCCACCACAUGGUCUGAGGGACAGUGGACCGGCCCAUGGCUGAAAAAGGUUGCUGACCCCUGCUCCAGCUGAUACGUAUUCUGCUACAAAAGUUUGAGCCAAAUGUUUUUCUCUUUCCAUGGCAUGCAUGCCAUGGAAGGACGGCCUUCGGAAAAGAAAUAACAGUUUGGAAAUCCAUUAAUCACAUGAAAAAACCUCUAUUCUCUUUCUGUCCUAAUGCAUUUUGGGCAUCAUGCCUAAGUAACUGAGGGUGAACACCAUUUGUCACCUACAGCUCUCCACCAAAAUAACUCAGGCAUAUCAUGAAUGUACUAUAAGCACUUCCUUUAUCUGAUGAAGUGGAUUCUAGUCCAGAGAGGUUUGUGCCAUGAGAGAUUUUCUUGUUCAUUGUAGGCCUUGUGGUCUCUCUAUGGGGGUCAAUGCUGUGUUUUGUUGUCUUCCUAUAUAGGCCAAGGUUCCUGCAUAUCCAGAAACAUGGGGGAGAAAACAACAGAAGAUACUGA